CCUCCGCCCUGUGGUGCCGGCGGCGGCGCUUGUUGUUCCGCGGCGGCGGCCGAGCGCGGGUGCAUCCUCGGGCCCGCCGCCGCCGCCGCCGCCGCAGCGCUCGGUCAUGGAGCUGGAGGUGCCGGACGAGGCGGAGAGCGCGAGGCGGGGGCCGUGACGGCGGAGGCGGCCUGGUCGGCGGAGAGCGGGGCGGAAGCAGGUAUGACCCAGAAGAAAGCUGUCCUUGCAGAGGCGCCCUCGGUGACGGGGCAGCCGGGCCCUGGCCACGGGAAGAAGCUGGGCCAUCGAGGUGUGGACGCGUCUGGAGAGACCACGUAUAAGAAGACCACCUCGUCCACCCUGAAGGGUGCCAUCCAGCUGGGGAUCGGGUACACAGUGGGCAACCUCAGCUCUAAGCCGGAGCGUGACGUGCUCAUGCAGGACUUCUACGUGGUGGAGAGCAUCUUCUUUCCCAGCGAAGGGAGCAACCUCACCCCCGCCCACCACUUCCAGGAUUUCCGCUUCAAGACCUACGCGCCUGUCGCCUUCCGUUACUUCCGGGAGCUCUUCGGCAUCCGGCCCGACGAUUACUUGUACUCGCUGUGCAAUGAACCACUGAUCGAGCUGUCCAACCCCGGCGCCAGCGGCUCCGUCUUCUACGUCACCAGCGACGACGAGUUCAUCAUCAAGACCGUCAUGCACAAGGAGGCGGAGUUCCUGCAGAAGCUGCUGCCCGGCUACUACAUGAACCUCAACCAGAACCCGCGCACGCUGCUGCCCAAAUUCUACGGGCUGUAUUGUGUGCAGUCUGGCGGCAAGAACAUCCGUGUGGUGGUCAUGAACAACGUGCUGCCCCGAGUCGUUAAAAUGCACCUCAAGUUCGACCUCAAGGGCUCCACGUACAAGCGCAGAGCGAGCAAGAAGGAGAAGGAGAAGAGCCUGCCCACCUACAAGGACCUGGACUUCAUGCAGGACAUGCCCGAAGGGCUGCUGCUGGACGCCGACACCUUCGGCGCCCUGGUCAAGACGCUGCAGCGGGACUGCCUGGUGCUGGAGAGCUUCAAGAUCAUGGACUACAGCCUGCUGCUGGGCGUGCACAACAUCGAUCAGCAGGAGCGCGAGCGCCAGGCCGAGGGCGCGCGGAGCACCGCGGACGAGAAGCGGCCGGUGGCACAGAAGGCCCUGUACUCCACCGCCAUGGAGUCCAUCCAGGGCGGCGCUGCGCGCGGGGAGGCCAUCGAGACGGACGACACGUGAGAUGGGCGGAUCCCGGCCGUGAAUGGGCGCGGGGAGCGCCUGCUGCUGCACAUCGGAAUCAUCGACAUCCUGCAGUCCUACCGGUUCAUCAAGAAGUUAGAACACACCUGGAAAGCCCUUGUCCACGAUGGGGACACCGUCUCAGUCCACCGGCCCAGCUUCUACGCCGAGCGCUUCUUCAAGUUCAUGAGCAGCACAGUCUUCCGGAAGAGUUCAUCCCUGAAGUCCUCUCCAUCCAAGAAAGGGCGCGGUGCCCUGCUGGCCGUCAAGUCCCUGGGGCCCACGGCCGCUUUCUCGGCCAGCCAGAUCCCCAGCGAGAGAGAAGACGCACAGUAUGACCUGCGGGGGGCCCGCAGCUACCCCACACUGGAGGAUGAAGGCCGGCCCGACCUCCUGCCCUGCACCCCACCUUCCUUUGAGGAAGCCACCACGGCCUCCAUCGCCACCACCCUGUCGUCCACCUCCCUCUCCAUCCCAGAGCGCUCCCCUUCAGAGACGUCAGAGCAGCCCCGGUACAGACGCCGCACGCAGUCUUCAGGCCAGGACGGCCGGCCCCAGGAGGAGCCCCACGUGGAGGACCUACAGAAGAUAACGGUGCAGGUGGAACCCGUGUGCAGCGUGGGGAUCGUGGUCCCCAAGGAGCCGGAUGCGGGAGCGGAGGUCCCCCCAGCUGGGGCAUCAGCUGCAGCCUCUGUGGAAGUGGACGCCGCCAGCCAGGCCUCCGAGCCCGCCAGCCAGGCCUCGGAUGAGGAGGACGCGCCCUCCACAGACAUCUAUUUUUUCGCCCACGGGAGAUACUGGCUUUUCUCUCCCCGUCGCCAGCGACUGCGGGCCGUGACACCGAGCCACACAGGCACUCCCACCGACGAGAGGAGCUGGGUGUACUCCCCGCUUCACUAUAGCGCGCGGCCCGCCUCCGACGGCGAGAGCGACACAUAACUUCUAUGCAGUCCCCAGUCUGGAGCCCAGAGUCCUGCCACCCCAGCCACUUCCUGGAGGCGCUGCUCCCCACUGGGGCCCAGAGCUCAGCGACAUCACCCCGAGGGCCCUGGCCCGACCUCAUCCUCGUCCUCCCCACCAAAGGAUGCCACCGGCCAGGCCUGUCCCCAGGAUAGCUCGGGCCACCAUCUGCCGCUACCUGUGCCUGUUGGGGCGGCAGCAUUCAGAGCGCCCAAUCCUGUAUUUAUUUUGGGUCCUUUUUUGCACGGAGAGGGAGCACAGGAGUGAUGUUCCGGGAGACAGACAAAAGACGGAAAACCCAGGAAGAGGCUGCGGCCGCUGGCCUUGGCGGAUCAGGCUCCACACGGCCUCCUACGCUGGGGACCCGCCUCAGCGGCCAGUGGCUCCAGUAAAGCCCACUCUCUCCAGGGCUCCCGCGGUGGCCUGCAGAGGGGACAGGCCUGGAGCCUCUGCUUCCAUCCCAGACUGUGCUCCUGAGUGGAUGAGGCCCCCACUGCUGCCUCCGAGAGCCUCUCCGUCACCUCAGGUGUGGACCUGAGCAGACCAGAACUGGCCAUGCCCUGUGGACUUUCUGCACCUUUUUACCGCCAUGGGAAGGAUGUCCCCAAGCACGAAUGUCCUGCGGUUACAAUCAAACCUGGCGCUGCCUGGGAGAGGCUGUGUCGUCUGCCUCCCACCCCUGUGAAGCCCUGAGUGGGAGGCAUGGUGAGAAGAGCAAGACCAGGCUCCAGAGUGACAGCCGGGUCCACAAACAACCCGGCUGAAGACACCACCAGAUCCAGCUGUGUCCACCGGACACAGGGAGAGCUCACCACACCCACAGGGGACUUCUGGAAGCGGUGUGUUGGGGACAGUCCCGUAGUGUCCCUGCCUCAUGGAUGCUCCACCCAUGGUGUUCUUGUCGAAAGUCAGCUGGAACAUUCUGAAAGCCAGGCUGCAGCUCCAGCACACAGCCCCCAGGUCAGCCCCACGGGCCCCUGGGUUGUACCUUCAGGGACACAGACGUCAGGACCUGGCUGGCUGACGGGGACCACAGCAGACGAGUAGGCAUUGAGGAGCGUGAUGCAGCCCAUCCUGCAGGGGUGCAUUCCCUUUGUGGCAAUGGAGGGCGUGGAGCCUGGGAUCAGACCCUUGCCGGUGUGCUCACGGGGGCCACAGUAGCCAUGAUGGACGGAUGCCUGCUCCGGACCUCCUACAGUCCCACGUUCGUAAGUCUCAGGGCCCUCCCUCCAGAGGCCCACUGCUUGCUGACGGAGUCCUGGUGUUUGGGGGCCUGCAGGGGGCAAGUGAACCCCCAUGUGGUGAGCCGCUGAGUGAGUUGACUCAGGCUACAAAGGCACAACCCCUCCGGGAAGGCAUUGUCAUACCUGUCCUCCCAACGCUUGGAAAGGUAAGGCAGGAGGACUGAGGCAAGUUCCGGGCUAGGCGGGGCUACAGAGUGAAAUCCUGCCUCCAGAGACCAAAAGAGAAAGAAAAGAGAGAAGAAAAAAAAACCCCAGGGCUGGCGCCACUGCUGCUUGGGCAGAGCUCACCCAGCAGCGGGAGCCCUGGGUUCCAUCCCAGCACGCGGGAGGUGCAGACAGUGAGCAGUUCGAGGUCAUCCUUGUCUGUAUAUCCAGCUGGAGGCUGGCCUGGGUUACAUGAGACCCUCUCAAGAGAAUCUGUACAUAACUGUGUGACUCCCCAUCCUGUACCCCGUCCUGGUCUCUCCGAUGGCCUCUAUCGCCCCACCGUGGACGGCGCGUGAACUGUACUGUAAGGACCAGAGGCUCCUCCAAGGCUGAGGUGUCCUCGGUCCGCCUCUGUCCUCCCCCCAAGCCACCCCAGCAACUCCCCUGUCCGGCCCCACAACAACCUCAGUGCAAUAUACCCUCCCCGUGGGGUCCCUUGGCACGGUACUGUCUCCGCAGCCCUUCCGUCCCCACCCCACCUCUCCGGGGGUUAGAAAUCGCAUCGCACACCCUCACACCGUCCUGUUUUUAUUGCUGAAUCCAUUCGGAAAACUACAAACCUCGUGUGUCUUACUCAUCAGGGCGAGGGAGUCCCAGGUCCUCAGCCCCUGCGGUCUGGUGUGUGACAAUCCAAGCACGGUGUCCCCCGGCACCAACCAGGGGGCCUUGUCCCUCCAGUGCAGCCGCUGCUGGCCGCGGCCGGCCUCCGUAUGCAGCCCGGGUUCCCGCCCCACCCGCCAGCCCCUCUUUUGGAGAUCUCUAAUAAAUCGGGUAUAAACAGCU